UAAAUAUAUUCAAAUAUGAAAAAAUUACCAUUAAUUGGAGUAAUACACAGAAACAAUGUCACAUGCUUAUUUUUGGCUGUAGGUAUGAUGAAGCUGUGGGUGUUAUUAUGCCUGCUGGCUUGUCUCACUCCACUGACGGCUAGGCAACAAGAUGUCGAGGUCGACGAUAACGAGUUUGCUGAAUUUGAGGAUGAAGAGGAAUUUGUGAUGGAGACAAACAAUGAAAAAUCGGAACAGGCUGCUGGGAACACAAAUAAACCGACCAGUCAAGAUCAAAAGAGUGCAUCCGUGGAGGACCCAGAGGAAGAGGAAACCACUGUAGAGACAGAAGAUGAAGAGUUUGAGCACUUUAUUGAUGAAGACGAGUUCGAAGGUUUUGAGAAAGACAAAAGCCAGUCCAGUAAAUCUAAGGAAGGACAACCAGAGCUCAAAAUGGCUGACGUGCCUGUCCACCUGCGUACAAACUGGGACAGUUUCUACGUGGAGAUCCUGAUGUUGGCCGGACUAGGGGUCUACUUCCUGAACUUCCUGCAAGGGAAGAGCAAGAAUCACAAGCUGGCUCAGUCAUGGCUGAGUGCCCACCGCGACAUACUGGAGCAGAACUUCAGCAUCGUCGGAGAUGAUGGCACCUCCAAAGAAGCCUCGUCAGGCACACUGAUGAAGGAAUCCGAGAAUGUCUACGCUCUCUGGUGCAGCGGUAGGACGUGUGUGGAAGGCAUGCUGGUGGAGCUUAAGUUCCUGAAGCGACAGGACUUGAUCAGCUCAAUAUCCAACAUGCUCAAACCCUCCUCUGAUCAAAUUGCGAUACAGGUAGAUUUGGAACCCAAGGUCAUGGACAAAUUUGUGUUUGCCAUUGUUCAGAAGAGGAGCAGUGGAAAACUCCACAAGGAAUUGCUGGAUCUGAGUCAGUUCACAGAGAAGAAGAAUAUGGAUAAGAAGCUCGACAUUCCGACCUGUUUUCAAGUCCUCAGCGAGAUCAUGGAGGCCACAACAGCUGUGCUGGACAAAAAGGUGUGCCAGGUCCUACAGAAGUACGAAGCCUGCGUGGAGUACAUCCACUUCUCUGACCAGUACUCAGGAAUCAAGUCCACGGAUGACAGCCAGCCCACUAAGUUGCCUCAAGUGAAACCAGUCCUGAUGUUUGUGUUCAAUGUACCUGGUAAGGGGAAGAGCAAGCCAUCCGACAUGGAGUCCAUGAAACCUCUGCUACAGAUGGUGUUUCACUGCAUUGACAAAGUCAGCCGCCUCCAGCUCAGCAGAGAGGCCAAACAGAAAGCAGAAAAGAACCGACAGAAAGCAGAGGAGGAAUAUGAGCGCCUGACUCACAGCCAGCGACAGGAAGCGGCCCAGCUACGCCGCGAGGAAAAAAGACGUGCAGAGAAAGAGCGACUCCUGAACGAGGAGGAUCCGGACAAAGCUCGCAAGCUGGAGGAAAGAGAAAAUCGCAGGGAAAUGAAGCGUAAACAGCCGAAGAUGAAAAUGAUGAAAGUACAAGGCUGAGACAGUCUGAUUUUGUGCAAUGGAGAAGUGGUAGAGACUAUUAAUAAUAUAAUAUUUUUUAACUUGUCAGUGAGUGAAUGUAUGUAUGUUUGUAUAAGCUAGAGUGGCAAAAUGAUCAAUAAUUACAGCUUUUAUGACUGUGUCAUGUAAAGAAAAGUUUAUGAAUGGUAGUACGAAACUUUUUAAAAUAACCUUAAUUUUAUAAAAAAUUUAUGACUUGUAGUUGAGUGCAUUUCAUGAUAAAACUAAUGCAAUGAUAUCAUGCUCUAUUUGAGAAACUUUCAUGUUCACACACAUUGCAAUAAAAUUGUGUUUUUAAAAA